UAUGUUGCAUUGGAUCACAGGAUUGUUUGUGGUUGUAUUUUUAUAGGAGGUUAAGUAUUUCGUUCCGUACUCGUAUUGCUCCGUACUAAUUGCAUGCAUACAUUCCGAGGGAUUUAGCAGGAUUUAUUACAAAUAUACUGGCAAUCUGGUCGCUUAGUCCAAAGAGAAUAUCUUUGGUCCCCAAACAUUCACAAGGGAGGCUGGUACCACCAGAAGAAGAAGAAGAAGAAGAAGCAGGAGGUUAAGUGUUAUACAUCGAUGUAUGUGUAACAAAAUUAUUUACAGGCGUUAUAGGUGAUUUUCGUUAUCCUGCCGAGAUACGUUUGAAGAGAACGUAUCCGACAUUAGUUACAAGAUAGCAAAUUAGAUCGCACGAUUGAGUUUUCGAAAAUGAGGAUCGCUGUAGAGGGUUGCGCUCAUGGCGAACUAGACAUUAUUUAUGAGACUAUACAGGAAAUCGAAAAAAUCGAUGGGAGGAAAAUAGAUCUGCUUAUUUGCUGCGGCGAUUUUCAAGCUACCAGAAAUUUAUGUGAUUUAAAAUGUAUGGCAGUGUCGGACAAGUACAAGGAUAUGUGUACAUUUUACAAAUAUUAUUCUGGUGAAAAAGUAGCUCCUAUGUUAACUAUUUUUAUUGGAGGCAAUCACGAGGCGUCAAAUUAUCUGCAGGAACUGCCUUAUGGAGGAUGGGUUGCACCUAACAUCUAUUAUCUUGGAUAUGCGGGUGUGGUACAGGUAGCUGGAAUCAGAAUUGCUGGGCUUUCAGGUAUAUAUAAGAGUCAACAUUGGAUGCAGGGACGUUAUGAGAAGCCCCCGUAUACUGACAGUACUAUACGAAGUGUUUAUCAUAUCAGGAAUCUAGAAGUAUUCAGAUUAAAGCAGCUUUCUGGUAAAAUUGAUAUUUUUUUAUCACAUGACUGGCCAGCAGGGGUAACAAAGUAUGGAGAUGAAGAUUCGUUGCUGAAACGAAAACCAUUUUUUAAGGAUGAUAUAAAGAGCAAUACGCUUGGCAGUCCUCCGUGUAUGGAAUUGCUAGAACGUCUUUAUCCGUCCUAUUGGUUCUCCGCGCACUUGCAUUGCAAGUUUGCUGCGCUGGUUCCCGAGAAGGGAGGAACACGAGUGACGAAGUUUUUAGCAUUGGAUAAAUGCUUGCCAAAACGGAAGUUUCUUCAGGUGCUGGAGGUGCGUUCGCAGGAAGAUGGUCCGGUACAAUUGAGUUAUGAUCUAGAAUGGUUAACGAUACUCUACUUGACAAAUCAUUUAUUGAGCGUCAAAAGCAGUAUCCAUUACAUGCCUGGUCAGUACAGUAGUGACAGAUGGACGUACACACCCACGGCGAAGGAAAAACAGACAGUGUACGAGAAGUUUGGUUCGAAUUUGCGAAUUCCUCUCAACUUUAACCGAACCGUCAAACCGUACGAUCCAGACGAUACAAAUACUCCUAUUGAACGGCCGCGACUAUUAAUAAACGAUCAGACUACCCAAUUCUGUCAAAUGCUAGGUAUCGAUGAUCCUUCUGCCCUACUGCAAAUUAUAGCAAAUGUUACGAAUAAUAUUAGAUCGAGCGAUGUGUCGAUGGAGACAUCCGGCGAGUAUACGUCGGAAUCCAUGGAGAUCUCUUUCGACGAGGAAAAUGUGUUCAGCUCUACCUUUGAGGACAGUUCGACACAGUAUAUUGUCGACAGUUCGUCGACGAAUUUGUCACCUAAGAGCAACGGCGAUGAUUCGGAUAACGGGGACACGAGUAAAAGCACUUUGGAUGGAACUGUUAAUAGCUCGACCACAUUUGCAGAUUCCAUCUCAAUGGAUGACAGUAACGAACAAACCAGUUGUAUCCAGACCGAGCCAAACUGCAAGAAAUUCAAACGUCGAAAUUACUCUUUAUAUUCUAGCACGUUCCGAAUUGUCACGACGCGUAAAUAUGGUGGCAGAUGGUUGUGCUCCGAACGACGUGCAAAUUCUCCGUCAUCUCAAUCUCGACCGACGAUUAUCCUGAGCAAAAAAAUGGACAAGUUGACUAUCAUCUCGGGGAUACUGUUUCUGCUCGCGGAUAUUUCCGCCAUAAUCAGUAUCGCCAUGCCGGACUGGAUCAUAACCGACGUCGGUGGUGACACGAGACUGGGUCUCAUGUGGUCAUGUAUGACCUUGUACAAUAGACCGCAGGUCUGUUUCAAAUCGGAGCUGGAAUCGGAAUGGAUGAUGGCGUUAGUUUGCAUAUUUAUCGGUUGCAUUCUGAUUACGGCGACGAUAAUAUUACUGGUAAUUUCGCACUGGGACCGUACCGUCAUUCCCUUCGCACGCUGGGUAGGAUUCGGUGCCAUGGUGCUAUUUUGUCAUGCGGCAGUCAUAUUCCCAAUGGGAUUUCAUAUUGACGAGAUUGGUGGGCAACCAUAUCAGUUGCCUAAUUCACAUCAAGUUGGGAUCGCUUACAUCUUGUUCGUCCUGGCUCUAUGGAUCACAGUGAUCUCUGAACUUUUUGCAGGCAAAGUUUGUCUACCACAUUUUUAGCAUUGUUCAGUAACAGAAGUAUUUGUUAAUUACCUUCUACUAACGUUCACACUGAUAUUAUUUAGUAUUGUUUACAUUAAUGAUAUUUGAUAUCCACCCUUGAGAGAGGCCUUAGGGAAUAAAGUAAAAAUUAAUCACCCCAGACUAAGGCCUUAUUUCGUCAGUGCCAAUUAAUCUAACCGGCCAAUUAGUCUAUUGGAAUUGACCAUUGCAAUUGCAUCUGUCUGUUAUGUAAAAUGAUAAAUGCGAUUGGUUAAUUCAAAUGAACUAAUUGGUUAGAUUAACUGGAGUUGGCGAAAAGUCCUAAGGAAGAUGGGACAUGAAGUGGGAGUGAUAAUCGACGUAGGAGGGUCACGAGCAGUCACGUUAGGGAUGCCAGUGGGUUCAAGUAGUAUAUCAGAAUAUAUCAUUGCGAUUAUUGACAAAAUACCAUUGAACGAUUUGGUUUCGUAUUUUUGAAGAAAAUGUGUCAUUUAAAUGCAUUACAAUUUCGAUUUAAUAUCAUUUUAAAAUAUAGAGAUUAUUUCAUUUGUUCAAUUUUCUAAACCUGGGCCCGAACGUGCUGUAUUUACAUGUACGGUACUGGGUAGCGUAUUACGCUUUCCCCACUGCCUAUAUACGCGACCGGAGGAGUUUUAUCUCAGUGAAUAGAGUCAUUUUUACAAUGAUUUUAUAAAAUUUUUAACGAAAGUUGCAUUAAAUUCUAUUACAUAUUAAAUAGAUUAAGAUAUAAUAAGGAUCAAUUAUAGCCAUUAGUUUCUAGUAUUUAAUAUUCUAUAAAAUAAGAGUUGUAUGGAUAAAAAGAAUCUAUUAAAUUAUUGUAAUAUAUCAUAAA